AUGUCGUCGUCGGAGGGUGCCCCGGAGUCAUGGAUCUCCUCAUUCUGCUCACUUAUGGGUCAUGAAUUCUUUGCGGAGGUAUCGGAGGAUUUCAUUGAGGAUGACUUCAACCUGACGGGUCUGCAGUCGCAGGUGCCCAUGUACAAGGAGGCGUUGGAGAUGAUUCUCGAUGUCGAACCUGAAGAUGAUGAAGAUGAGGAAGAAGAGGAAGAGGAGGAGGAAGACGAGGAUGAUGUUCUGGGUGAUGACCGACCAUUGGGAUACCGGAGGGCUGGCGAUCGCCGACACGCGCGCGUGGCCAGUGAUUUGAGUGUCAUCGAGAGCUCUGCGGAACUUCUGUACGGUCUUAUCCACCAGCGUUAUAUUACUUCGCGACCCGGUAUUCAACAAAUGCUCGAAAAGUACGAAAUGCAGCACUUUGGAGUAUGCCCGCGCGUCAAUUGUAAUGGAUGCAAGGUUCUACCUGUCGGCCGAUCUGAUACCCCCGGCCAAGAAACUGUGAAGCUAUUCUGCCCUGGCUGCAUGGAUAUCUAUACCCCGCCAAACAGCCGUUUUCAUUCCGUUGAUGGAGCAUUCUUUGGAACAACAUUUGGAUGCCUGUUCUUCAUGACUUUCCCAGAUCUUGACAUAGGACCACGCUUAGAUUCCUCACUUUCCAACAUGUCACGAAACGCUCCACAGUCUGGAAGCCGAGCUACGACUUCCGAAUACGAGCCAGCUACCCCCGAAGACCAGCCCCUUGAGAUCAACGGGGUGCACACAAGCAACUUUUGCCCAGGACUUGGGCGCGGAAAACUCUACGACCCGAAAAUUUAUGGAUUCAAGGUUUCUGAGGCUUCGCGCGUGGGUCCCCGUAUGAAGUGGCUUCGAUUGAAACCUAAAAACAUCUACGAACUUGACGAGGCUGGGCAGCACGAACAAGUCCUUGCCCUCCAAGAAGGUGGAAACGCAAACACUCGCACCGAGAAAUCUCGUGGUGGAGACAAGGAUGGAGACACAGAAAUGAACCCUACGCAAAACCAGGACGCGUCGAUUGCAAAUCGGAAAAAGGCACCUAUGCGCCGGAGGCGACUGGGCGACCCUGCCUCAGGUCAAAACGCACAAGCGGAGCUUUAA